UACAGCAUAAUACGUACCACAAAAUUGACUGCAGAAAUUUAUCAAAUGGAAAAAAUACAUGUACAAUCGAUAUCAAUGGCUGUCAUAAUGUUGAUAAUGAUGAACAUAAUUACACAGUCUUUUGCUGAACCACCAAAACGGCCACCCAAAAUAGAUAUUGGAAACUUUGAAUACGUGCUAUCGUCGGUCAACGAUAUCACAAGAGAUGUAAUAGUAUAUUGGCAAAACAUUCACGAAGACGAGAAACAUACAAUUGAUAAUUCGUUUGAAUAUCGCGCUUAUUAUACGUCCCUGUCAAAUAAUAAUACUAUACUUCAUCAUCCAUGCAACAAAACGUUUGCCAAUCAUGCCAUGUUUAUCGGAUUAGAAUUAAAUAUUGGGUACAACAUCAGAGUGUACUCGGCAAAUAAGGAUGGUUUAUCGACUGACUACGCAAGUAUAUACAUACCUAGUUCACCGGAACGUAAUGAUACUGUUACAUUGUCGUUGACAAAAGUGAAAAUGUACAACGAUCAAGGUAUCUAUGAGUUGUCGUGGAAAAUUUAUGACAGCGAAAAACUAUUUGCCACUAACCAACUGAACUAUUACACUCUGUAUUGGUGUGAAAAUGAUAUGAUCCAUCCUAACCAGUGUAACGGUUAUAUGGACUGGAUAAUUAUACCAAGAACAGAGACAAGCUACAUUAUUUCUGUACCAGAACAUUGGAAAAAUUAUCAAUUUGCGAUAAGCGCCAACAGUAGAUCUUUAAAAAAGAGCGAUGUCAAUAUAAAUGAAGUUUAUAAAUUUAAAUCGAUAAGUAGUGGACUGGUGUGGGAAUCGUGUACAACACUCCAUAUAACGAAAACCAGUAAAUUAAAAAGCGUUUGGAUCAGUGAGGUUGGCGAUACAUACAUGGCUUUGAGAUGGAAGUUUGACUGUUUAGAAAAGUCAAAUUUGUACUAUGAUUUUCACGUUUCUUAUUGUUCAAUACAUUCCUUGGACAAUUUGUCAUGUUUAGAUUCUUCUACAUUUAUGGUAGUUAACGAAUUUAUGAAACAAGACCAAACACCCUUUGUAUUCUUGAAGCAACUGGAGCCAUCUACCACUUACAAGAUAUUAGUUUCAAUAUAUUUUAUAAACGACAGUAUUAUUGAAUCUGAUCCAAUAGUUAUGGCUACACUACCAAUUACCGAGUGA